CGUCUUUCUGCGCAGGCGCGGCGUGCAGUCCACGCGCGGCGUUAUGCCUGCCCGGCAUGUCUCGCGUGUCCGGGCCUUGUAUCGGCGUGUUUUGCUGCUGCACCGGGUUCUGCCCCCAGACCUCAAAGCCCUUGGUGACCAGUACGUGAAGGACGAGUUUAAGAGACAUAAGACCGUUGGUUCUGACGAGGCCGAGCGAUUCUUGCAGGAAUGGGAGGAAUAUGCAGCAGUGCUAUGGCAACAAGCUAAUGAAAACAGACAAAAUUCAACUGAAAAAGCAUGUUUUGGAAUCUCCCUACCGGAAGAAAAACUUAAUGACUUUCGUGAUGAACAAAUUGGACAGUUGCAGGAGCUGAUGCAAGAAGCCACUAAACCCAAUAGGCAAUUUAGUAUUACUGAGUCCAAGAAACCAAAAUUUUAGUCUAUACAAUAAAGUUUAACAAAGCAUUUCAAGUUCAGAGCCCCUUAUUUUAACUAUUAUUGUUUUUUAAAAUUUAUUUCUUAAGCUUCUAGACUUUGGGAAUGCCUGGUGUUGAUGAAAUAUUCUUUUAUUUGGAGAUAUUUUGACUGUUGUCUGUAAUACAUAGAUCAGGAUCAUCAGUGGAUAAAACAUUGAAGUAAUAGCACUUGCUGGUAGGAUUUGUUUUCUGGACUAAACAAGAAAGAAUGGCUCUAAAAAGGACAAGCUUGUGAAAUUUUGCUAGAAGUUUUAUAUGUAUAUAUAUAUAUAUAUAUAUAUACACACACACACACAUAUAUAUAUUUGUUUUAAUGCUAUUCUUGUUUAAGCAUUAGUCUCCUGGCUUUAGCUUGAUCAGAUAAGUAUAUCAUGAUGAUAUAAAAUUCCAAGGUUAUUUAAUUUCCAUUUGCAUAGAAUACCUUUUUCCAUCCCUUCACUUUCAGUCUGUAUGUGUCCCUAGACCUGAAGUGGGUCUCUUGUAGACAGCAUAUAGAAGGGUCUUGUUUUUGUAUCCAUUGAGCCAGUCUGUGUCUUUUGGUUGGAGCAUUUAAUCCAUUUACAUGUAAGAUAAUUAUCAGUAUAUAUGUUCUUAUUGCCAUUUUGUUAAUUGUUUUUUGUAGGUCUUUUUUCUUCCCUUCUCUUGUGACUUGAUGACUAGUUGUCUGUUUGGAUUGCUUAUUUUUUGUGUCUGUAUCUAUUGUGGGUUUUUGGUUUGUGGUUACCAUGAGGUUUUGAUACAGCCGUCUGUAUAUGUAUAAGAUUCUUUUAACAACACAUAAAUGAAUUAUACAUUGUAUAAUCUAUGAGACAAAUGAUACU